AUGACUAUCUUAAACCACAGUGGGGUCAGCCAAACAGUCUUCUAUUUGCUGGGCAUCUCUGGCCUACAGGACCAGCACAUGUGGAUUUCUAUCCCCUUCUUCAUUUCCUAUGUCAUUGCCCUGCUUGGGAACAGCCUGCUAAUCUUCAUUAUCCUCACAAAGCACAGCAUCCAUGAACCCAUGUACCUCUUCCUCUGCAUGCUGGCUGGAGAUGUUAUUCUCUCUACAUCCAUGGUACCUCAGGCCUUGGCCAUCUUCUGGUUCAAUGCUGGGGAGAUCUCCCUGGAUCACUGCAUCACUCAGCUCCUCUACAUCCAUUCCACCUUCAUCUCUGAGUCAGGGAUCUUGCUGAUGAUGGCAUUUGACCACUACAUUGCCAUAUGCUACCCACUGAGAUACACCACAAUUCUUACACACAGCUUGACUGGGAAAAUUGGAAUCAUGAUCUUUCUGAGAAGUUAUGGCACAAUUUUCCCCAUAAUAUUUCUUCUGAAAACAUUGACUUUCUGCCAAAAUAAUUUGAUUCCACAUACUAUUUGUGAAUACAUUGGUUUGGCCAAGUAUGCUUGUAAUGACAUUCGAGUUAACAUCGGGUAUGGGCUUUUGGUCAUGGCGUUAACAGUUGUCUUAGAUGUUUUGUUAAUUUUUGUUUCCUAUUUGCUGAUUCUCUAUGCUGUGUUCCACAUGCCUUCCCAUGAUGCUCAUCACAAAGCUUUCAACACAUGUGGCUCACAUAUCUGUGUCAUUAUCCUGUUUUAUGGGCCUGGAAUGUUUACAAUCUUUACUCAGUGGUUUGGACGCCACAUUCCACCUCAUAUCCACAUUUUAUUGGCCAAUGUCUGCAUUCUAGUUCCACCUAUGCUGAAUCCCAUCAUUUAUGGGAUAAAGACCAAACAGAUCCUGGACCAGGUGGUUCAUGUAUUAUUUACAAGGUAG